AUGCCGCUGCUCCCGGACACGGCGCCCACCGCCAAACCCGAGGUUCCAUCUUCGGUGCGGAGAGACAGCGGCAGUGGUAGUGGGAGGCACAGGCGGAGCUUCUUUGACUCGGGCAUGGAGAGCUCGGACGACGAGGAGCGCAUCACCUACUCCUUUCCGGGAGAGGGCCCCUCCCGCUUCUCGCCCUCCUUCGCGGGCAGCCCCUACCGGGACCCGGCCACAGAGUCGAGAGCCCCAGAGUCACACGACCAGGGCCUCUUCUCCUUCGCCUCGAAGCUCUUCGAGAUGUUGGGGGUUCCUCUCAGCGAGGCGCCGAAGGCCCCGGUGACCCCCACAUUCAGUCCCAGCGAGACGGCGAUCAUCUUCGACUGGGACGACACCCUCUUUCCCACUUGGCACGCCUUGGAGGUCAAGGAACACAGGUUGCCUGAUGACAAGGCCUUUCGAGACUCCAUGGAGCAGCUGACGAGAACUGUCCGCGACCUUUUGAGACAAGCCCGGUCUUGUGGUCGCGUGGCCAUCGUGACGCUGUCGCGGCGUCCCUGGGUGGCGGAAUCGGCAGCCGAGUUCAUGCCUGGGCUGCAGAUUGAAGCUCUGCUAGACGAGUUGCAGAUUCCGCUGAUCUACUCCCGGGAGUGCGUGAAGAAGCAUCACAUGCGAAGUCCCGACGGCGAGUUCGAGGAGGGUGUGUGCCCGCUGACCAUGGCAAAGGAGCAGGCCAUGAAGAAGGUCCUGAAACGGCUAUAUGGGAAGAAUCCCUGGAAGAAUGUCCUCUCGAUCGGAGACUCUGUUACCGAGAAGACAGCCAUCACGGAGCUGCACUGGGCAAUCAUGGGUGAGGAUUCGAAGAGCUGCUGCAAGACCUUGAAGAUGCUCCACAACCCCACUCUGACUCAGCUGCAGACGGAGCUUACCGCGAUUAAGGACGCAUUGCCUAACAUGGCCAAGCGCGCGGGAGACUUCACAUGGGCUGUCGAUGAGAGGGGCCUCAUCGGGUCGUAG